GAGAGAAUCCAUUACAAGAGGGCAUAGAGAAGCAUGGUGAGGUCUUUGUCGGAAAGGUCUCACUAGCUCUCACUCACUCACUCAAUUCAUGCGCGUGGGUCCUACUCUCCCUCCCCUCCCGCUCCAUGCUUAAAUAUCAUCCUUCAGUACGAUUAGAGGUUUGACGGCGAUUUUUCUAACUUAUCUCUUUUCUAUUCCCUCUCUCUUUCUUAUUCUCUUUCCUACUAUUCUCUCUCUCUCUCUCAGUCUCUCUCUCUCUCUGUGACUGUGCAAUGACGAGACAAAGCUUUCAAACCCUUCUAAAAGUUCAAAAACCACGCGUCCUUUCCAUCUCGCAACGAACACUACCAAUUCCAAAACCCUAGCUUCUCUCUUUCACACUCUCGCACUCUCUCGCUCUAUCUCUCUCUUUCUGCUACAAAUUUGAGCUACAAAUUUGAGCUGAAUUUGCAACUGAGAAUUUGAAUUCCGAGUACGAUUUGAUGGAAGAAGGUGACAAAUCCGAUCCAGGAACCGAGUUCGCCAGCGACUCCAGCUGGCCACUCGGUCCUCACGACUCGGACAACGUGUAUUUCUUCGCCAACAACGACCGCGGAGGCCGCCGCGGCGACGACGACACGACGAUUCUCAGUGAGUUCGGGUGGAAUCUCCGGCCCGAAAACGACGAUCAGAACCGGAUCGGCGGCCUCGAUGACGACGCCUCCGAUUUCACUAGAAGCUUCGUGUUUCCGGAUCAAAACAAAGAUACCACCACCGGCAGCGCUCUGCAGAGCUCCGACCCGGCAGUUCCGUCCGGUUCUGAAAGUAAAGCCGGCGAAGCAACGACGUCGAAUAAUCCUUCGGUUUCUUCGACCUCCAGCGAGGAUCCGCCGGAGAAAUCCACGGGCUCCGGCGGAAAACCGCCCGAGAUACCGAACAAGGUUAGAAAGAAGGGACAAAAGCGAAUCCGGCAGCCGCGUUUCGCAUUUAUGACAAAAAGUGAGGUUGAUCAUCUUGAAGAUGGCUAUAGAUGGCGCAAAUAUGGACAGAAGGCUGUUAAAAACAGUCCAUUUCCUAGGAGCUACUACCGCUGCACAAAUAGCAAAUGCACUGUAAAGAAAAGGGUGGAACGCUCAUCAGACGAUCCCACUAUUGUAAUAACUACCUAUGAAGGCCAACAUUGUCAUCACACGAUCGGAUUCCCUCGUGGUGGAAUCAUUAGUCAAGAAGUCUUUGCUGGACAGUUGGCUCCUCCGAUCUCACAAUUUUAUUAUCCAACAGUUCAUCAUCAGUUACCUCAAGAAAAUCCAUUCUUUAUAACACAGACUCGGCAAACACCAGGCGAAGCAGCUGGUGAAUCCCGUGUAAUGCCCCAAACAAAUGCACAGCCUCCUACUGAUGAAGGACUUCUGGGGGAUAUUGUGCCUCCUAACAUGCGUAACAGAUGAUGAGGACUUGCAUGCGGUAGCUGGAAUAGAGUGGAAACAAUAUUCAUCUUAUCAUCAAGUAUUAACAACUAAGGCAAUAUUAAUUUCAAGCUGGUAGUGAGUCCUCUCAGGUUUCACCUCCAAACCUUUUUAAAUGUCUGCAUCUCUCACUAUAUUCAUGGGCGUACGUAUCAGGUUUUGAAUCAUAGACCCACUCUCACAUCGAGCAUGAGAUAUAUUUCAGAUAGUCAUUUUGAAGAAGAUGAUGAUCAUCAUCAUCAUCAUAUAUAUAAUAUAUAUAUAUAUAUGUAUAUAACUAUUUGAUAUUUCCAUCAAAGCUACUGUAUAGGGUACCUUUUAUCUAUUUUUUUUCGUUAGAUUGUCAGCUUCGAUCCUUGAGUUAGCAAUUGAAGUGAACCUUAAAACCCAUCUUCAUUCAUAUCCAUAAUUUUUGUUAUAAUAUAUAUUUAUAUUUAGCCUGACUAGCUUUAAGGAAGAAAAAAAAAAGUGACUGCUUUCCUUCCUUUUAGUUUUAAUAUAUAUGUAUAAUAUAUGAAUACUGUACGUUUGAGAAGAAAUACAUUUGAGUUGUACUGCU